AUGACGGAAUUCUUGGAUUUGGAAACUCAGGACGCCGUGCGGAUGCCGUGGAAUGUGCUGCCUGGUACCAAACAAGAGGCCGCUCAAUGCAUCAUUCCCGUUUCGGCUAUCUACACACCGCUCAAACCCUUACCAAACACCACCCCUCUCCUCCCUUACACGCCUCUACGAUGCCGUAAUUGUCGAUCUAUCCUCAAUCCGUUCUCAAUUGUUGAUUUCUCCACCAAAAUAUGGAUCUGCUCCUUCUGCCUUCACCGGAACCACUUUCCCCACCACUACCAAUCAAUCACGGAGGACAAUCUCCCGGCCGAGCUCUUCCCCCAGUACACCACCAUCGAAUACGAACUCCAGAACGAAAAACCCACGUCACUAAUUACCUCUCAGGUGUUUUUAUUUGUCGUGGAUACUUGUAUCAUUGAGGAGGAAAUUGGGUUUCUGAGAUCGGGUCUUUCGCGGGCGAUUGGGGAGAUACCGGGUAAUUCACUUGUGGGUUUGAUUACUUUUGGGAGGUAUGUUUGUGUGCAUGAGUUGGGAUUUUUUGGGAAAAUGCCUAAGGUUUAUGUGUUUAACGGGAGUAAGGAGAUUAGUAAAGAUCAGGUUUUGGAGCAGAUAGGUUUCUUUCUGAAGAAAGCAAGAUCGUCUAUGACUGGUGUUCCUGGGACCAGGGACGGGCACUUGCAGGAUAAUGUUUCAAGGUUCUUAUUGCCAGCUGCAGAGUGCGAGUUUGCUCUCAAUUCGGUAUUGGAUGAGCUUCAAAAAGAUUCCUGGCCAGUUCCUGGAGAUCAAAGGGCACCUAGGUGCACUGGCACUGCAUUGACUGUGGCUGCUCAUCUGUUGGGAGCAUGUGUUCCUGGUUCUGGUGCUAGAAUUAUGGCAUUUUUGGGUGGGCCAUCCACCGAAGGGCCAGGCUGUAUAGUGUCAAAAAGUUUGACUGAACCUAUUCGUUCUCACAAGGAUCUAGAUAAAGAUGCUGCUCCUUUCUUUCAUAAAGCAGUUAAGUUAUAUGAAGGGCUCUCAAAGCAGCUCGUACAUCAAGGACAUGUACUUGAUGUGUUUGCUUGUGCUCUUGAUCAGGUUGGGGUAGCUGAGCUCAAAAUUGCAGUUGAAAGAACUGGAGGACUAGUUGUGCUAGCAGAAAGCUUUGGCCAUUCUGUUUUUAAAGAUUCUCUACUAUGUGUUUUUCAGUCUGGGGAUAAUGAGCUGGGUCUAUCCUCAAAUGGUAUGUUUGAGAUAACCUGUUCAAAGGAUGUCAAAGUUCAGGGUGUUAUUGGUCCAUGUGCAUCACUUGAAAAGAAAGGUCCUUUAUGCUCCGAUACUGCAAUUGGUCAAGGCGGUACUACUGCUUGGAAGAUGUGUGGGCUCGACAAAUCUACUUCUUUAUGCUUAAUAUUUGAUAUUUCAAAGAAGGAGAUUCUGGAUGUUACUGGUCAAGCAGCAAACAAUCAGUUCUAUUUCCAAUUUUUGACUUGUUAUCAAAGUAGCAGUGGACAAAUGAGGCUUCGAGCUACCACCUUAUCCAGAAGAUGGGUCACUGGGCAAGGAAGCAUACAGGAUUUGACUGCUGGGUUUGACCAAGAAGCAGCUGCUGUAGUCAUGGCACGCCAAGUUUCUUUUAAGAUGGAGACUGAGGCUGAAUUUGAUCCUAUAAGGUGGCUUGAUAAGUCAUUGAUACAUCUGUGUUCUCGCUUUGGAGACUAUCAAAAAGACAAUCCAUCUUCAUUUGUCUUAUCUCCACGGUUAUCAAUAAUUCCUCAGUUUAUAUUCAAUUUGCGACGCUCUCAAUUUGUACAGGUCUUCAACAACAGCCCAGAUGAGACUGCAUAUUUUAGGAUGGUUAUGAACCGAGAAAAUGUUGCAAAUUCAGUUGUGAUGAUUCAACCUUCAUUGAUCUCUUACACUUUUAAUUCCGGAGGAGAGCCAGCUCUCUUAGAUGUGGCAUCUAUCGCUCCUGACAGGAUCCUUCUUUUAGAUUCCUAUUUUACGGUCGUCGUAUUUCAUGGAUCUACAAUUGCCCAAUGGCGCAAAGCUGGGUACCAGAAUGAGCCUGAACACGAGGCAUUUGCCCAGCUGUUACAAGCUCCUCUUCAUGAUGCUGAGGCUAUAGUAAAGGAAAGAUUCCCGGUACCCCGUUUAGUCAUAUGCGAUCAGCAUGGAUCCCAGGCUCGAUUCCUACUGGCGAAACUAAAUCCUUCAGCUACAUACAAUUCUGAUGCUCCACUAGUGCCUGGUGGGGAUGUUCUCUUUACGGAUGAUGUCAGCUUUGAGGUCUUUUUGGAUCAUCUUCAACGCUUAGCAGUUCAAUAAAAUUUCUUGCAUCUUCUCUAUAAUCUAGAACAAUACACACAUAGAUCUCCAAUUUUGCAAGGUUACCCAUCUAAGUCAACUGUAUAGUAUAGCAUACCAUCUCUAUCACCAUAUUCUUCUUUAUGCACUUUGGCUUAGUUAAGGUAAUCGUGUGAUGUGUCAAUUUUUCAAGAUAUAAAGUGAUACUUUUUUAUCACAAGUUAU